GCACUUCUAUACCAAAAUGAUUAUCACGCGCGGAAUUUCCCUUAUUAACUUCGGAGUCGCCUCGUCGGCACUCGCCUUCCAAGUCUUUGUCCUAUACCCGUGGCACAACCAGCUCGACGACGAGUUCAAGGCCCUCAAGCAGGAGCAUAUCCGAGUUUUGCAGAAGUUUGAACAGAAGGCGGUUCAAUAAAUGGUUCAAGGGAGAGGUUUAUCAUUGAGACCUGAUAGCUUCAUCCAGUUGACGGGGCAAGAUGGCAUAGAAUAGAGGAUAGAUGGUCGCAUCGCUUGUGGUUUGCUAUCGAAUUUAGCCUU